UGCGGCUCUUUUCCCUCCAGGCUGCUGCUGCGGUGCUGUAGCUUCGAGGCUCCCCCUCCCGUCCGGUCCCAGUCACAUGCCUGCCUGCAACCUCCGUUAAUCCUGCGGCCGGCCUGAGACUGACAGAGCGAGCCGAACAGCUUCACCUGGCGGCGCGGCGGGGACCGGAGCCGCCGAUUUGUUGCCCCUGCAGUGGAUAAAGCACUUUCUGAAGGAAGACUCAGAAGAAGCUGAGCUGGUCCAGUUCCUUAACGAUUCCCCAACAGAAAAGACCUUCCACCGGGUGAAGCCAGAAGCCACCCAUCAGGAGAAAAGAUCCAGUCCAGGCGGGACUGAAAUGUUCCCUAGUGCUGCAAUCCAGGCCAUUCCCAAAGAUGCCUUGGAGGAAAAGGAGCAGAAGGCCUUCUACCGCCCUCACCCUCUAGACUUGAAACAGCAACACAUGGCUGCUCCAGCACCGCCAAGUCCAUCCCGUCCCAGAAGCCCCUGGGGCAGGCUUGACCCCUAUGAAUCGGAUGAGGAUGAUAAAGAGUAUGUGGGAUUUGCAACACUUCCUAAUCAGGUCCAUCGGAAAUCUGUGAAAAAAGGAUUUGAUUUCACACUAAUGGUUGCAGGAGAAUCUGGGCUGGGGAAGUCCACUCUGGUGAACAGCCUUUUUCUUACAGAUCUAUACAAAGAUCGCAAACACUUAAAUGCAGAAGAGCGGAUUGUCCAAACGGUGGAGAUUACCAAGCAUGUGGUAGACAUAGAGGAGAAAGGAGUGAAACUUCGCUUGACCAUCGUGGACACACCAGGCUUUGGAGAUGCUGUAAACAACACAGAAUGUUGGAAGCCUGUGGCUGAUUAUAUAGAUCAGCAAUUUGAGCAGUAUUUCCGGGAUGAAAGUGGCCUUAACCGGAAAAAUAUUCAAGACAACCGUGUCCAUUGCUGCCUCUACUUCAUCUCUCCUUUUGGUCACGGUUUGCGACCUCUGGAUGUUGAAUUCAUGAAAGCUCUCCAUCAACGUGUGAACAUUGUUCCUGUCUUAGCCAAGGCUGACACACUCAUGCCCUCCGAGGUGGAACGAAUGAAGUGCAAGAUUCGUGACGAAAUUGAUCGGUUUGGGAUCCGGAUCUAUCAGUUCCCUGAUUGUGAUUCAGACGAAGAUGAGGAAUUCAAGCAGCAGGACGAAGCACUCAAAGACAGCAUCCCCUUCGCUGUGAUUGGCAGUAAUACCAUUGUGGAGAUGAAAGGCAAGCGGAUCCGGGGGAGGCUGUACCCUUGGGGGAUCGUUGAAGUGGAGAACCCAAUGCAUUGUGACUUUGUCAAGCUGCGCACCAUGCUGGUAAGGACCCAUAUGCAGGACCUGAAGGACGUGACUCGGGAGACCCACUAUGAAAACUAUCGGGCUCAGUGUAUUCAGAGCAUGACUCGCAUGGUGGUGAAAGAGCGGAAUCGCAACAAGCUAACCCGAGAAAGUGGGACUGAUUUCCCCAUCCCAACUACGCCCACAGUGCCAGACUCGGAGACAGAGAAACUGAUCCGGGAGAAGGAUGAGGAGUUACGAAAACUGCAGGAAAGGUUGCAGAAAAUCCAACAGCAGAUGGAAGAUUCAUAGUAAUCAUAAAUUGCCCCCCCUCCCCCUGAAUAUUUUUUGUCCCUGCUGGCUGGCAUCCUUCCAAAGCAGAAAAUGUUUACAUCCCUCUGAAUUUCACCCCAUCUCCAGUACCUGGUCCUUGUCAAACAUAAAUUGCUGCAAUGAUCGCCUUAAAACCAAAGUUCUACAAUUACUUACCCCUCUAAGAAAUGAGAAACUCCGAAAGGCUUCAAGAUGCUCCUGCAACCUUCUAACAUGCGGGAAAUUUUCCUUUCUCAAUCCCGUCUAGCUACUGAUCAUCGUUGUGAUUUUUCUGUAGCUUGCAGAGACGAACUAUUCUGCAAUCACAGCACUGAAAGGAAACUUAACUCUCAUCUGACAGGCAGACUACGAUAAUUUGUACCAGCAAACUGUGGUUGACAAGAUUCUGCUCAGAUUCCUUUCUAACCCAGUCGUAAAAAAGAUGCAAGUGACAAAAAAAGUAGGCACACACCAAAACACAAGAUAUUCUCUCCAAGUCCGUCUUGAAAUUAUUGGCAAAAAUAUAUGCACACAAGAGAUGAAAUGACAAAAUUCCGAUCUAUAAGAUGGUAAAACGGAGAAUAUUCAGAUGUUGGGAAUGCUUUAAAACAAAUCCUUCUAGUCAGCAAUUAACUUUCUCAUGAUUUGUCCCCUUGAAAUGAAUGGGAGCUGCCGGAAUCUUGCACUGAGAAACUUUUAACUGAAUUAAAUAACACGAGCACUCCCUUUGCAAAAACUCUUGUUCUGUUUUAUAUUUAUCUCCUUAUAAGCGAGAGUCAAAACAUGGGAGUUAUUAUAGUUUUUGCAAGCUAUUAAUUUUAUUUAAGUUUUUCAAGCUAUUUAUCAAAGUUACACAAUGUAAGCCGCCCUGAGUCUUCGGAGAAGGGCGGGAUAUAAAUGUAAAUUUAAAAAAAAAAGUAAAAUAAAAUUAAAUUUACUGUCCCAUGCACAGCCAAGCAUACCCAGCUGCUGGUAGACGUGCAAAGCAACCAAGCUUCUUGCAAGCAAUAUUCAGUUUCAUUCAAAAUUGUUCCUUCCCAUGUGUCUUAAAUGACUGUGUUGCUUUUGUGAAUAUGUAUCAGCUCAUACCCUCAAUCAAGAGAAACCUAAAUUAGGACUUUUCAGCAGGUGGAUCUUGUAAUGUGUGGCUUAUUCCAAAUGGAAAUUUUCCUAAAAGUCUGAAAAAAAUGCCUGGCACUCUUCCCCUCUUUGGAGGGUCAGAAUCUGCAUGCUGCUGCUCUUAUGGGGAUCAGUCUUCUAAAUCUGCUAAAAAUUUUCCGUCUCUGCCGAUGAUGCAUGCUGCCGUUAAUGCUUUGAAAGAAGAUCCCAGAGAACAAAGCUACACAUCUUCCUCAGACCAGCUGAUCAGUUGCUUACAGAAAAGUUGGUGAGAUACGCUCAAAAAAAGAGAAACAGCCAACCCAUCCACUCUUCUAGGUCUUCCUCACUUCAAGGCUGUUCAAAAGGACCACCAGAACCCCUGAUGGGCAAUCACGGCAGCAAGGCAUUUUCCUCUUUCAAGGAGUGGUGCCGAUGGAAAGUGCCCUGCGAAAACCAAGGUGAUCGAUCUCACUGGAGAUAUGGGUGCAACCCCAUGAAAGGCACCUCUGCAGUUCCAGUUUGGAGCUGAAGGAUGGAUGGGACCCUCAUUAAACAGGCCUUUUCUCCCUGUAGGGUCCACAAUGAAAGAGAAGCAGAGGAUAGAGAGGAAUUCAAAGUGCAAGCGAGUAGGCUGGGACACAAACCUGUUGGAGCAAAAAGAUGAUGCUUCUGAAUAAAGCUAACAAUCUUUCAUUUGUAGGCCAGCACAGCAUGAGAACAUGCUGGAUCAGACCAAAGCUCUCAUGUUAGUAGCAAUGAUAAUUAGUGGUGUCUUUCCUCUAGCCAUGAAGGCUCCCUAGGAGUCAAUUGUUGAUAGAUACCUGUUAGUACCAUUCUGUCUUAUCCUCUUUUCUAAGAAGCUGCCUGUCAUAAUAGCUGCCACAAUGUCAAUGAAUCCAGAUCCAAAACAGACUUGUAAGUUGGGCCAAGAAUAGCAGAAUAUUGGUUAUUUUCUCUAGAAGGUUCAGAAGCCACUGGGCAUCAUAGAACCAUCUGUAUAGCAACUAUUAUUAACAUAACCUGCAGAAACUUCUGAUUAAAGAAAGGCCCCAAAAUUGCAGGUCUUGAAAUAAGAAAUCCUUAGAUUUUAACCAGUCCUUUCUACCCAGCUCCAAAUGCAAUAGGAUUGCCAACUGACCAGAGUGAGGGAAAAGCCUAGCCUUAGCCUAGCGUAACCUGGCCUGCUUCUGUGCUUUAAAGAUAUCUUGAUAUACAUAAACAUGCUUUUCAUUGCAUGGAGGAAAUAUUACUACUUGCUAGUAUUGGUAGAGCAAACUGCUAUUACAGAGGCUGACCCCAUACUCUUGGCUUCAAUAUUUAUAGAGGUGCUUCCAGUUAAGGCUUUUCUUGUGCAAUUAACCUGGUUUAUUUGUGCAAUAUUAGGGGGGGGGGAUGAGAAUGUAAUUUUCACUAGUAAACACCUUGUAUUUCUCUUCCAUUUUCCCCCUAUAAUGUGAAGGAAAACUGGGAAUGGGGAAGCUUUUGAUUGGUGCUGUUAAGCUGUCCUCUAUCUGAAACAAUAAUUGUUAUCUUCCUAUUGUGAUAUUGUGAUGCUAUCAUUUGAUGUACUUAUUCUUAAUUACUGAUUACUUUUUAUUAUUUAUUUAUCCUCCAGGAUAUAUAGGUGGCAUUUGCACUUCUGAAUUGUUUACAUAGAUGAAGGCAAAUACCUGCUCUAAAGCAGGGGUCUCCAACCGUGGCAACUUUAAGCCUGACGGACUUCAACUCCCAGAAUUCUGGAAGUUGAAGUCUGCCAGGCUUAAAGUUGCCAAGGUUGGAGACCCCUGCUCUAAAGUAUCACUAUUUAUAACCUUAUUUAAACAUCAUUUUAUUAUUUCCUAUCGAGGCAUAGUGAAAGCUGAAGCAGCCGUCCACAAGGAUGCCCAUUAACACAUGUAGAUAAGCGAUUUCCACCCUUUGCUUCAGUCCAACUUCUGUAUUGCAUACAAGGAGGACUGUUCUUGUGCCAUAACUGAAAGUGCAGAAAACUAAAGGAAGUAGGCCCAAAAUUAUCUUUUCUUUUCUGUCUUUAAGUUUCUAACCUUCAUGUCGUGAAGAUAAGCUGCUGUGGUUAGAUGCUAAGCAUAAAACAUGAUGGCUAGUAGAUGUAGUGCUGGGAUUCUGGAAUGCAUACAGUAGUAUGUGGGGGGGAGGUUUUAAUACAUUCAGGAAGGUAUUUGCAACUAUGUGUUAGAAACCUUGUCCCUUUUUAAGUGUAUUGCAUCACAACGUGUAAAAAAGAGGCAGGGCUUUGAACACACAAUUGAGGAGUUUGCUUUUUUAACUCCUCUCCCUCUUCUCUCCCGUCCCAUGGAUGCUCCUGAAUGCAUAGUAUUGUGUGCUCUCAACAAUCCUUCCAAAACAUUGUAUUCCUUUAUUCUCACUGCCUUAAUUGCUGGGUUAGUCCCAGGAGUAACAAAAGAUGAGUGUGUGUGAGAGAGUUGUAGGAUGUUUAGGAACCCCCAAACAGCAUUUCUGCUUUUAUUCAUUCAUUUUUCAAAUCUUGAUAUUUUCCUAUAAAAAAAGAGAAAAAUUCUAUCUGUUGUCUGGGGCUGGGAAAUAUUUAUUGAAAGGUUGUAAAAUAUAUAUAUAUAUAAGUUUAUACAUUCUAGUAGUUUAUUUUUUAAUCCCACCAAUAAAAGUAGCUAAUUUCAAUGA